GGAAAGCAGGGCAUUCGCUCGCUCGGUGGCUGCUCUUCCUGGUGCACUCCCAGCUGGUUCUCCUCUGCACGGCUCUCCCACCAUGUCAGGCCACUCCACCAACCUGAGAUUGAAGCUGCCCCUGCUCUGUGCCCUCCUGCAGCUGGCCACGGUCCUCCUGUUCGCCUUUUUCAUCCAGUAUGACAGCCACACCAGCCCCCGGCUGUGGCACGAGGAGAUGCAGUUGCACAACAAAGGCCUUCUGGACAACGAAUUCUACCCACGCUACCCAAGCUUCCAAGACGUCCACGUCAUGGUUUUCCUUGGCUUUGGCUUCCUGAUGACCUUCCUGAAACGCUACAGCUUCGGUGGGGUGGCUUUCAAUUUCCUGAUCGCCGCCUUUGCCCUCCAGUGGUCUAUCCUCAUCCAGGGAUUUUUCCACGCCUUUCACAAUGGCAAAAUCCAUGUGGGAAUAGAAAGCAUGAUCAACGCGGACUUCUGCGCCGGGUCCAUCCUCAUUUCCUUUGGGGCGCUGCUGGGCAAGACGAGCCCCGUUCAGUUGCUGCUGAUGGCCGGGCUGGAAGUCACCCUCUUUGGUAUCAACGAGUAUGUCUUGCUCAGCCUCCUUCAGGUGAAGGACGCCGGGGGCUCUAUGACCAUCCAUACUUUCGGGGCUUACUUCGGGCUGAUGGUGUCCCGUGUUCUUUUCCGACCCCACCUGGACAAGAGCCGGCAGCGGGAAGGCUCUGCCUACCACUCGGACCUCUUUGCUAUGAUUGGCACGCUCUUCCUGUGGGUCUUCUGGCCCAGCUUCAACUCGGCGGUGACCGCCCACGGGGACGACCAGCAACGGACGGUGAUGAACACCUACUUCUCCCUGGCAUCCAGCACCCUCACCGCCUUUGCCAUCUCCACCCUGGUGAACCGCGGAGGCCGGCUGGACAUGGUUCACAUCCAGAAUGCCACCCUAGCUGGCGGAGUGAUCGUUGGCACUUCGGCUGAGAUGGCGCUGACUCCAUUUGGGGCCCUGAUCGCUGGGUGUGUGGCUGGCCUGGUGGCCACCCUCGGCUUCAAGUUCCUCACGCCCAUCCUGACUGCCAGGCUGAAAAUCCAGGAUACCUGCGGAAUACACAACCUGCAUGGGUUGCCCGGAUUGCUCGGUGCCCUCCUUGGUGCUCUGGUGGCUGCUCUGGCAACCCCGGAUGCCUAUGGAGAGGGAAUGGCUGACGUCUUCCCCCUUGUGGCCUCUGGGCAGCGGACUCCCAUCAGACAGAGCCUCUUCCAGUUGCUGGGCCUGCUGGUCUCCCUGGGCAUGGCCAUGGUCGGUGGCAGCCUGGUGGGGGCCAUCCUGAAGAUGCGAAGCCUUGCAAUGCCCCCAGAUGCUCUCUGCUUCGAGGAUCAAAUCUAUUGGGAGGUGCCUGAGGAACAUCAUGAUGGCUUCCAGGUCGUGGAAGCUCUGAGCACGGAGGAGGCAGAUAAAACCACCCAUGCCUGACAGGGCUGCCUGCGGAUGCUCACACCACCCUCAUCACCCUCACCACCAACCUUCGAGAAAGCAAUCAGUCCAAACAAUCAUGUGUUGCAUGGAAGAAAGCAAGGAGGAGUCUGUUACGGGAGGAGCAGCUCCUUCCAGGAUUGGAGUCUGCCUGGAAGAUGGUUUGCAAUGACUCAGGUGCACAAGCUCAGAAGCAGCAGUGGGCUCCAUUUACCUUCGCAGCCGGUUCGGAACUGUAAGCGCUUCGGCACCUGCGCAGAGCAUCCGUGAUGAUGUCCGGGUGGGUGGGUGGAGCCUCCCACUGCCACCACUACUGGUUCGCCCAAACCAGGGCGAACAGCCGAAACCCACCACUGGUCAGAAGCACCGUCUUCCACAUGGGUCCUAGAGUUGUGCCAUCAUCCACUAAAAAAUAUCCCAAGGCCAACAGCAGCCAAUGUUCUUUUUAAAGUAAGCCUGUUUUCUUUCACAACCACCCCUUAGAAUCCUAUUUUCUUUUCAACAUAAAUUCCAUAAUGCAAAUCAGAGUUACCACCACAAUUGAGCCCAACAUUUAUGUUGCUAAGUGAAACAUUUGUUAAGUGAGUUUUGCCCCAUUUUACAACUUUUCUUGGCACGGUUGUUAAGUGAAUCAUUGCAUUUGUUAUGUUAGUAACACAGUUGUUAAGUGAAUCUGGCUUCCCCAUUGACUUUGCUUCUCAGAAGGUCGCAAAAGGGGAUCACGUGACUUCAAGACACUGCAACCGUCAUAAAUAGGAACCUAGCACCUGAAUUUUGGUCCUCUGACCCUGGGGAUGCUGCAAUGCUCGUAAGUGUGAAAAAAGGUCAUAAGUCACAUUUUUCAGUGCUAUUGUAAGUUUGAAUGGUCACUAAAUGAACUGUUGUAAAUGAAGGUGUAACUGAGAGUGUGCAACAACCAGCAGCAACCUAAUAACAGAUGGGAAUAAUAAGGCAAUCAAGACAGACCCUACCCUGAGUUUUUCUGAAUGUUACAGUCAAGAAGUGGUUGUCCAACUCUACUGGCCCCAUGAAAGCGCUUUCACCCGCCCGCGUGGCUUCCCCAAGGCCACCCACCAGUCUUUGGGGAAACAUUGGGCUGGUUUGGUUUUUUGCAAGUUUUCAGUAUUUCACAUAUUGACAACGUAAAUAAAGUUAACUCAGUAAAUGUUACGGAAUUUGGCAAUAAAGUAGAUGGAGUGCGAGACAAGUGUUGCAUCUUAAGAUAUCUUCCUUUCCAAAACUGUUGACUUUUUUCAGCUGAAAAAUUCUUUAUCGUGUUUCCAAUACAUUUUAAAAAAUUGGGAGCCAUUUUAACUAUUGUAAUCAAAUAAUAUCUCAAUGAAAAAAUAUUUAAACCAAAAUUUUAAGCAUGCUAUUUGAAGUAAAGUUAAUAUUACUUUACUAUUGAGAUUCUCAUUGUUGUAUAUCAAAUCAUUUUAUGCAUUUGUUUAAUCACGCAAACUUUAACUUGUUCAGCUUCAGAAUAAAAUUUUAUCCAUAAUUUAUAAUUAAAUUCUAAUAUUUAGACUCUUGUAUUAAAACAUUCUGAAUUCUAUUAAGAUUAUUCUAUUAUCUUGGACUCACUGGCUAAUACAUUCAAAUUAAUAAUAAUGAAAAUAAGACCCCUGAAUAAGCAUUUCAUUAAGUGCUGCCAUGCUGGUGUGUGAAUGCUGGAAUCAGUGAGGGGUUUCAGUCCAUUCUUGAGUCAUCUUCUCAUAAGAUUUCAUUCUGGUUUUAUUGACGCCCAAAUCUUGAAAUCUAUACAAAUUAUGAAGCGUCCAACGAUUAAUCUUACUCUACAACUUUAAAAUGUUGCAGCCAAUUAUGACAAUCCAGGCUUAAAUCUGUUCCUGUAUUUUCCCAAAUUUUCAUUAAACCAUUUAUAAUAACAUA